UUUCAUUCAUUUUACAAAGUUUCAGCUCUCAAGAAUCAGACUCGAAUCGAAUCAUGGCAACAGCUACUUCCAUGCGACCGAAGACAAAAACUGGCCAGUGGUCGGCCAUCUUCCCUCCAGACCAAGUGACCCAGCAGCAGUCGGCCGUCUUUGUGAAGAAGCUCCUGGCUGUGGCAGUUUCAACUGUGACCUACUUACGGACCAUCUUCCCUGAACAUGCAUUCGGCGACAGAUCUCUUGAAGAUCUAAACCUGAAGAUUUUGAAAGAUGACAGUGCAUGUCCAGGAGCCUGCCAAGUCAUCAAAUGGAUGAAAGGGGCCUUUGAUGCACUUGACAAAAGAUAUCUCCGUGCCAUGAUCAUUGGGAUGUAUACAGACCCAAGCGACCCUAAUACUGCCAUGGAGACCUACACUUUCAAGUUCACCUAUUCCAAGAAUGGACCAGAUGUCGAUAUUUACAGGAAUGAAGAGAAGAUUACAGGAGCGCAUACAGAGGCCCAGACAAAGAGAGCAACCCUCCAGCUCCUCAGGACCAUCCUAGUUCUGACCCAGUCUCUUAAGCUCCUCCCAGAUGAUGUCAUGAUGACCAUGAAACUACUCUACUAUGAUGAUGUGACGCCAAUGGACUAUGAACCUCCAGGUUUCCAGGCAUCAGACAGCGAUGCUUUCAAUUACGAUGAUGAACCUAUCAACCUCAGAGUAGGAGAAGUCACAACUCCCUUCCACACGGUUAAACUGAGGAUCACCACUGACAAGAGGCAGUUUGACAUGAAGCCAACAGGAGAAGAAGAAGGGGUAGAAGAAGAGGAGGAGGCAGAGAAGGAGAUGGAUAGUCAAGAAAUGAAGGAUCAACAAGAACCAGACAUGGAGGAUACAGAAAGGGAGAAGAUCUGUGUUGAUGAAGAGAAGUCUGGCAUGAAAGACGGUCCCAAGACGGCAGAGGAUGUCCCAGAUAGCAGUCCUAACGUACCAGGAGCUAUUGAUGAGGCUUCACAAAGCAGCAAGACUGGUGAGGAGGAAGAGGAGGUCCAUGAAGAGGCCGUUCCACAAUGCCCCUGUGGAUGCAAUGAGGAUGAUGGUCUGAUGAUUCAAUGUGAGAAAUGUCAGUACUGGCAGCAUGCAGUAUGCUUCAUGAUCCUACACGAAGAUGAGGUCCCUGAGAAGCACUACUGUCACCAAUGUGGAAAGGUCGGUGACCCACAAUGUGAACCCACCGACCCCUACCUCAACCAGAUAGACUCCGCUCAAGUGAGAGCCACCUGCCUGUGGCGGCGCACACUGGAAGCAGCCAAGGACAUGGACAGAGUGACCGCGCCGACCUUGGCUAAACGGCUGGGGGUGGAGACUGGCGUUGCCCAGACCCUCCUCAAGAGGCUAGAGAAGGAAGGAUACUGCAGUGUGGACGCCAAGAACAAAAGACUGGUGAAGUUCGUCAACCAGGAGAGAAUCGUGAAGCACGGUUUCCAGAAGUACCUCAGCAGACUGUCCCCCAGAGUAGAGCUUGAAGAGAUGGAAGCAGAAGAGAAACACAAGAGAGUAGCUAUGGAGAACAAGAAGAACAAGACGAGCCUCCAACGCAAGAAAUACGUCAAAAAGUCUGAGUUGGAGAAGUUAACAGAUCAGGCUGCGGACCUGAGUGUAUCAGGGCUUAGGACCAGGUCUGGGCGCUCAUCAGGACCAGGCACUCCCAUGCAGGUUGAGGAAUUGCCAAAACAGAAAAGGUCGAAAAAGAGAAGCGCCACUACUCUGGAUGGGAGACAUGACUUUGAUUUGGCAUGCAGUCAGGAACCAGAUGGGGGUCAGGAGCGAAAAAGACGCAAGUCCAGCGUCGUCAACAAUCCUGUCCUUGCCUAGAUGAUAAACAGCAAACUUCACUAUCUCUCAGGGCAAGAAAGACGUAGAACCAAGCAUGUAGAUAUAAUGAUUUUGUGAAAUUAUCCAGCUAGCUGUGAGAUAUUUGACAGUCCAUCCAUGGACCUGUUUCAGAAAGCCUUUUGUCAACGACAAAUGACAAAAAUCAGUGACAAAUCUGCUGAUAACCAAUCAGAAGCAAGGAUUUCACUAGCUUAUAACAACAACUGUCACUGAUGACAAGUUUUGUGAAAUGGGCCCAGUUUGAAUAAACGUUACAGAUCUUCAGUAGGGCCCUUCUUGUAUUAAUGGUAGACAGGUUACACAUUCCUUAAUCCUCAUGCAAUCUUGCCAUUAAUAUACAUCAGACUAAUUGAUUAUCCAGAGGAUCUUGGAUUCAUUCUUUGCCUGCAAGAUAGACAGAGGAGUUCCAUAUAUCUUUAUAAAAACAUUCUUUGAAAUGAUGCAUGAAAGAAAAUAAAGUUUUUUUGUAAAUCUACCAUCGCUUUAUGGAAGAAAACUGACUUUAUUACUAUUUAAUGCUGAAUCACAAAAUAGCCGUAACACAAACGAAUGAGUUCCUAAUUAUCCAGACAGUGUUAGUAUUAACAAGUGUGCUUGAGUAACAUUUCCUCAUUUUUAACAAUGCCGUUCUUUCCCAGGCACUCAAAGGAGUACACAUUUCAGAGUGCCAUGAAAUAUUUUUUUGUUGGUGUAGUCAUUUCUUUCCUAUUCAAUCGAAUGGCGUUCUUAAAAGCUUGUAUUUAUAAUUACUUUGAUGCCUCAAAUCAAGUCUAUCCUUUACUUUGUUCUUUCUUAUUUUUUGUUUGAUUUAUUAUGAGACUGUGAUCAAAGAUUGUGCUCUCAUCAUUAAGCUGAAAGUGUUUUGAAAUUCUUUAUACUACUAGUUCAGAUUUCUUAUAUUACUAUUUAAAGUUUGUUUUAUAUUCUGUAUUUCAUCUUUUUUCUUGUAUUAAGAGUAGGAGUUACUCACAUUUUUAAUGUAAAUGUUGUACUUAAGUUUGUGUACGGACACAAAGACGUGUGAUGUAAAUAUGUUCGAAGUUAUCAUUUGAUAAAGCGAUAAUUAUAUGUAAAUACAAGUUAUUUAUUGCAAUGAAAAUACCUUGCCAAAUUGAAAUUAGUGCUUUCACAGUGGUUGAUUUUUACCUAGUUUAUGAAGUAAUUUAAUAAUAUAUUCAUCAGAUGAGCAGUAUAUAUUUUCACAGGAUUGAUAAUAUAACUGGCAGAUUAUAUCAAACUUUUAUAUCUUACUACCUUACGGCAAGCCAUACAUAGUUGAAUAAGAGACAUUCUACAUAAAUAUGUUAUUGUUCACAUUCAUAUUUCAUAAGUUGAAAAAAGGCGUAUUUUAAGUAGUCAUUAAUUCUUUUCAUAUUUUUACACUUUCCAUGUUUUUUCAGAUGCUUGAAGUUGGCUCUGCCCACUUUUUUUCAUCUUCACUUGAAUAUAUGAAAAGAAAAAGGUUUUAAACCUGAGAACUAUAAUCUGUGUGCGAACUUAUGUGCCUUCAUAUGAAAGAAGUAUUGAGUAUUUAUUGUAAGCUAAUUCUUUUAAACUUUUUGUAGCAUUGUUUUAUGACUUGUCAAAGUGAAGCCUAAAUAAGGCUAUAUAUGCGCAUCGCACCAGGAUAGAAACACCAUUGAAAGAAGGCAACUUUCUGACAAACAUAUUCACUGUAUUGCUAUAUAUAAACAGUCAUGGAUUCUUUGAAAAAUAAAUCAAAAGGAAAAAAGGAUGGGAAGGUACAUAAAUCACAAAAUUAUUAAUCAUAUCGUUUUUAUAUUGCAAUGAUAUGCUUUCAUUUUUUCAAUACCAUGAGGUAUUGUGCAAAAUGUUAUAUUGCAUGAUGAUGUAGUAGGUUUUUCUCAUGUCCAAAGGUUUUAUAGUUACAAUUUGUCUAUGUUCAUAUUCAUAUUUUGGUUGUUUCAUAUUGCUUAUACCUUGAAAUAUUAACUUUCCAAAGUUUUGUAGUGCCAAUGCACCGUUAUCUUGCCAUUCUGUUCUGUUUAUUAAU